AUGCAGCUGCUGCGGGAUGUGCGGGCUUUCCAGGAAGCGAUCCUGCGCGAGGAUGGCAGACCAGACACAGUCGUCCUGGCCUCCAAGCUUGCAGCGGUCGGCUACAAGCUCACCAUCAGGACAGCCCUCGGGGGCGGCUCUGGGCGCUCCUGCUUCCACAACCUGCACCACGAAUUCCUGCUGGUGUCUGGGGACCCAGAGUUUGGAGUCCCCCAAGAAAAGGAGUACCUCAUAGACCCCUACUUCAGGGAUCAGUUCCACAUCCCACAGCCGACGCCAGCAUACGAGGAGCUGAUGCGGCUGCUGCCGGCAGAGUACGUGGGCACAUCAGCGCGGCUGGUGCCUCUCGUGCAGCUGCUGUGCGAGGAGAUGGGCGCUGCUUUCGAGGCUCGUGCCAUGACCUGCCCACCCUGGCGCCAGGCCAAGGCCAUGCUCUCCAAGUGGCUCCCCACCAAGGUGAGGGACGUGGGCGUGAGUUCACCGCGCGCGAGUGACAGCUGGAACGACAUGCUCAGCGCAGGAGUGUCGCCCACAACUCCUCUUGACCAGUACCAUCCGCGCCUGCACAGCACCGGCUGCUCCCCAUCCGGCCACAGCGCCAGCUUUGCCACCUGGUGGAACAAGCCGGCAGCUGCCAGCAAAGGGGAAGCGGACAACAGCGUCUCUGCGGCCAGCAGCCCAGGCAGCAGUAUCAAGCUGGAACGCAGCACAUCGCUCCUCUCGCGCAACCUCGCCUCCAAGGCGAUGGCGGAUCAGGCUGCAAAGGCUCAGCAGGCGGCCAAGCCAACUCUGGCGGCUCAGUUGCAGGCAGCGAACCUGGAGCGCUUCCUCAGCGAUGAGCACCCGCCCAUCCGCAGAGUCAAGAUGGUCGGCCUCAAAGCAGGGCUCCUCGUCAGCUGA